CAUUCUCAUCAAGUCAACCGGUUCCUGUAGCGCAAUUCCUCUCGUAUGCGUAGAAGCAGUACGGCUUAAGUGUUCGAGAUACCAUUGAGUGUAUUUGUCGUUCAUUUCUUCUCAAUUGGCUUCUCCCAAGUCCCGCUUCUUCCCACCACACACCUUCCCCCUUUUACCUCUCUGCUCAUUCCCGUGACGUAUAUCAAGCGAAAUGGCCCCGUCGACUCUUGAGGUUGAAGACCACCAGCGUGAUGCUGCUUUCAACAAGGUUCUCCAUGGGUCGUCAGCGAAGAGACGUGGUGGCCUAGCCGCCAUGAGUGCCAAGGACCAAAAGGCACAAAGAGCUGCGGUGGACGAGUAUUUCAAGCACUGGGACAAGAAACCAUCCGCAGAGGAAACGGACGAAAUCAGAGAGGCGCGUAGAGAAGAAUACGCAACUCUUACGCGACAUUACUACAACCUUGCUACUGAUUUCUACGAGUAUGGCUGGGGCUCAUCAUUCCAUUUCUGCCGGUUCGCAUAUGGAGAGCCCUUCCGUCAGGCAAUCGCCAGACACGAACAUUACCUCGCCCACCGGAUCGGACUGAAUGAGGACCAACUCGUUCUUGAUGUAGGCUGUGGUGUUGGUGGUCCCGCUAGAGAAAUGGUCAAGUUCGCCGGUGUCAAUAUCGUUGGCCUGAAUAACAACGACUAUCAAAUUGAUCGCGCCACCCACUAUGCUGCUAAGGAAGGUUUGUCACAUAAACUUCGUUUCACGAAGGGAGAUUUCAUGCAAAUGUCCUUCGAGCCGGAAACAUUUGAUGCCGUCUAUGCCAUCGAAGCCACCGUCCACGCCCCCUCCCUCGAGGGCGUCUACAGCCAAAUCUACCGUGUCUUGAAGCCAGGUGGUACCUUCGGUGUCUAUGAAUGGGUCAUGACGGACAACUACGAUAACGACAACCCGGAGCACCGCGAGAUCCGCCUUGGGAUCGAGCAAGGUGACGGAAUCUCCAACAUGGUCAAGGCGGAAGUUGCCCUAGCAGCCAUCAAGGCGGCCGGAUUUGAACUGUUACAUGCGGAAGAUCUUGCUGAUCGGCCCGAUGAGAUCCCCUGGUACUACCCGCUGGCAGGAUCGUGGAAACAUAUGACCUCGUUGGGAGAUUUCUUCACGAUUCUCCGUAUGACGUGGUGGGGUCGUGCGAUCGUGCACCGUUUUGUAGGUGGGCUUGAGAAAGUUGGCAUUAUGCCUCACGGCGCUCAGAAGACCGGUGACAGCCUGGCGUAUGCCGCUGACUGCCUUGUCAAAGGCGGUGAAAUGAAAUUGUUCACGCCUAUGUUUUUGAUGGUUGGGCGCAAGCCUGAAAAUAAACGGUAAACGGCUCUUUUAUUCUGUCCGAGGCGAAUUGAGAAAUGCGGAGUAAUGUGCGUUUUGUGGAGUGAUACUUUGUUAACCUUUUCGUUUUGGCUUUUCUUUUACUUCUUCUUCGUCCCUAAUUCUCCCCCUUAUUAUUUCUAUAGAGCUACUCAUGUUCCUCAUACUUACCCAUUGCUGAUGGAUGCACCCUUCCUGUGUCCAAUAUUUCUGACUUUUCGCACAAACUUUAUUCUGUAUCAUGGGCUUCCCUUGCGGGAUUCUUCUCUUGUUGUAUUCUGGUAUCGCUCUUCGCACUAUCUUUUUCUUUGAAACGUCAUUUAUAUAUUUUAAUAGGACUGUACUACACUACUGGGACCUGUUCCAAACCACAUCCAUGCGAAAGUUUCCAGAGAGACUUUCCUUUAGGAAUUAUAUAUACCCUUUCUUAGAC